AUGGCAGCGAAACUAGCACUGCAAGAGGCGCAGGCUACCACCAUCUCGAAUCUGACUGCCAAUGCAAAAAACUUUCACGCUAUGGACCUUUCAACCGCUGUCGACACAAGGGAGUUGCUUCGAUCAGCAUGGUCAAAGUUUGAUGGCGAACACGACCUCAUCGUAUCGUCAUCUCGCGAAACAGCAAUGGAACAGUCGUAUUUUAAGGAAAACCGCUACGAGGCGACCAUGCAGGAAUAUCAGCUUACGUCUGUCACGUACGGUACUCGCUCGGCUCCUUAUCUAGCCUAUCGCAUUCUAAGACAGCUCGUUGAAGAUGAAGGUCAUAAGUAUCCUCUCGCGGUCAACCCUWYWCUCAAGGGAAGCUAUGUUGACGACAUAUCAGGGGGGGCAGAGACUAUUGAUCAUCUCAAUGCCGUAGCAUCUCAGUUAGAGGACAUGUGCUCCUCCGCCUGUUUACCACUUGACAAGUGGAAAAGUAAUUCUCCUAACCUCACACGCACCUCUCUCUCACAGUCGGACAGCUCGCCUGUCCAUUUGUUUGAUGAUAGCACUACCAAGAUUUUAGGCAUCUCCUGGAACUCUCAGAAAGAUGUGUUUUCUUUUUACGGUACCAUCUCUUUCCAUCAAGCUGUCACGAAACGCAUCAUUCUCUCCCAAGUUGCCCAAUUGUUUGAUCCUCUAAGACUCCUCUUUCCGGUAGUGAUCAAAGCGAAAGUCCUCAUGCAGCGACUCUGGUUGGAAAAGGUUGGUUGGGAUGAUCAUCUCACUCCAAACAUAGUUCACGAGUGGUCCCAGUUUAGGCAACAUCUCUCUCAGUUAUCAGUCAUAGAGACUCCCCGACGGAUAAACCUCUCGUCAAAGGCAACCUCAAUACAGGUUUAUGGCUUCUCAGACGCCUCUCAACUUGCUAUGGCAGCAGUUGUAUAUAUCAGGGUGUCGUAUGCUGACGCAUCUUCAGUAGUCAGUCUAGUCUUUUCUAAGACGAAAGAAGCUCCUCUUCAGAGGUUAACCGUUCUUAGACUUGAACUCUUAGCAGCGGCUCUGCUAGCCAAGCUGACCGCAAAAGUAAUUAGACUUCUCGACCUCUCGGACGUUCCUACUUUCCUGUGGUCUGACUCUUCGGUGACCCUUGCAUGGGUCAAAAACAAUCCUAUGAGAUGGAAGGAAUUCGUAGGCAAUAGGGUAGCCGCUAUUCACGAGUCUGUACCCCAUGCUCCUUGGAGAUUCCUCUCCGGAAAGCUCAAUCCAGCUGACUGUGCAUCUCGCGGUCUCAGUGCAUCUCAACUCAUUGAUCACCUACUAUGGUGGAGUAGUCCACUAUGGCUUUCUCAGUCGCCAGAAUUUUCGCCCUYGUCAGUGCCACCCUCACCGGAGGAAGAUUUGGAGGAACGUCCUGGCAUCUCACUUGCACUCUCACAAGCCCAUCCUCCAGUUUGGGACCUCGUUGACCUUCCGCAGUCAUCCUCCUUUAAUCGGCAUCUCACUAAACUACUUCGGAUCACGGCRAUCAUUCAGAGAGCGGUCUCGCGCUUUAGGAGGGUUCCUUGCUCGAGCUUGUCCGCCUCGCCAUUGAAUCCAGCAGACCUGGAGAAGGCAAAAUCGUUCUGGAUACGCGCGACUCAAGAGGCGUAUUUCUUACCAGAAUUAAGAACGUUGUCGGCAG